AUGUAUCGUUCAAGCCUUGAAAGGAAGCUUAAACCCGCUAAAAGGGCAUGGAAGAGCUUCACGAACAAGCUCCAAUCAAAACUCCGUACUCUCAAAAUACCAAAAACAAUCAAAACAACCACUCAAACUUUCCUCACUUUUUGCUCUCGCCAUCUCUUCACUCCCUUCAAGAAGCGUUUUCUCAUGAAACCUUCCCAUCGCAACAAAUAUUACAGCCACCUUUAUUACCAGAACCACCAGCUUCAGAAUAACUUUUCCGCCAUUUACAUAGACAACCUCUACGCAGAGCCGUCUCUCUCAGAAGCUCAUGCAAAGCAUAAGCAUGCAUGUGCGGGGACUAGUAGAGGUAAGGAAGUAAUGGAGGAAAAAGUUGUGACAAGAAACGAGAACAGGAGUUUAAACAAUAUUGAAGAUGCGUGGAGUGCUAUUGUUGCUAAGUCUCCUCAGCUGAGAUGUGUGGACGAAAGGGCGGAAGAAUUUAUUUAUAAAUUUCGUGAAGAUAUGAAGAUUGAAAGGGAAAGAUCACUGCUUGAGUUUCAGAAGAUGUUGGCCAGGAGUGCAUGA